AUGGCUAAGGAUUGCCCCAACUCUCGUGUAAUGAUACUAAAGGAUAACAGAGAGUAUGAGUCCAUGGAUGAGGAAGAAGCGGGUGAACCCGACGAGGAGAUCGAGUAUCCCGAUAGCGGCGAACUCUUGGUUACCAGACGAGUUCUGAGCACUCUAUGCAUACAUGUCAAGAAGCUCGGGUUAAUUCCCGAGAAGCACCCGCACCCCUAUAAACUUCAGUGGUUAAACAACAGUGGGGAAAUUAAGGUCGCCGAGCGCGUCAAGGUGCCCUUUAGUAUUGGGCGAUACCAAGACGAGGUCUUAUGCGAUGUAGUUCCAAUGCAGGUGGGACACAUGCUACUCGGUAGACCGUGGCAGUUCGACCGAGAGGUCAGCCAUGAUGGACGAGCAAAUCAGUACUCUUUCGUUUAUAACAAGAGGAAGAUUGUACUCGCACCCCUUAGUCCAUCUCAAGUGCAUGAGAUGCAGCAAAAACUAGCUAAGGACACUGAAUCCAAGAAGAAAAACUUCUACAUUAAAGCUAGUCAAGUCGACUGGGCUGUUCGUCAGGAACAAUCGGUACUUCUCAUGGUUUUUAAGGACGUAAUGAACCUGAGAACGGAAGUACCUACCGAUAACCCAGUCAUGAGUCAGUUACUUGAGCGAUUCCGAGAUGUGUUUCCGGACGAGAUUCCGGCAGGACUACCACCCAUCCGAGGGAUUGAGCACCAAAUAGACCUAGUACCCGGUGCCCCUUUACCUAACCGAUCAGCUUACCGAAUGAACCCAGAGGAGACCAAAGAGCUCGAGAAGCAAGUUCAAGAGCUUAUGAGUAAGGGUUACAUUCAAGAGAGUCUUAGUCCAUGCGCAGUUUCGGUACUCUUAGUGCCAAAGAAAGAUGGAACUUGGCGUAUGUGUGUGGAUUGCCGAGCGGUCAACAACAUUACCGUUAAAUACCGGCAUCCCAUCCCUAGACUCGAUGACAUGCUUGAUGAGUUGAGCGGAGCCACGAUCUUUUCAAAGAUCUGA